CAUUGACGCUGCGAGAUCGCGAGAUUCGCAGUGGCCAGAAUCCAGAGCGAGCAGCCACAGAGGAGAGCUGCUGGAUUUCAGAGACAAAGAGAGGAAUGGAGGACCAGACCUCCGACCAGAACCCGGAGCAGCGGAGCAACAAGGUCCCCAGAAGACAAGCAGCAGGCUCGGACUCUGAUACCACCGAUGUUCAGGUUCAUCAGAGCGUUCACACUGGAGAGAAUCUACACAGCUGUGAUCAGUGUGGGACAGCUUUCAAAACACUGGGUAACCUAAACAAACACCAGCGCAUUCACACUGGAGAGAAGCCGUACAGCUGCGAUCUGUGCGGGACAGCUUUCAGAGCUCAGAGUCACCUACAAACCCAUCAACGCAUUCACACUGGAGAGAAGCCGUACAGCUGUGAAGAAUGUGGUCAAACCUUUUCUAAGAUUGGCAGCCUUAAACAGCACCAAAGCGUUCACACUGGUGAGAAGCCAUACAGCUGUGAUAUAUGUGAGAAAACGUUUUCUCAGCGUGGCAACCUAGAACGCCACCGACGUGUUCACACUGGACAGAAGCCGUACUGGUGUGAGCAAUGUGGGAAAACAUUUUCUGUGAAUGCUCACCUUACGGCUCACCAGCGCAUUCACACUGGAGAGAAGCCGUACUGGUGUGAACAAUGUGGAAAAUCUUUUUAUAAGAGUAGUAACCUUAAAUCUCACCAGCUCAUUCACACUGGAGAGAAACCGUACAGCUGUGAACAAUGUGGGAAAACGUUUUCUCAGAGAGGUAACCUUAAAUCUCACCAGUGCAGUCACGCUGAACUCAAAUGUCACCACUGUCAGCACUGUGACAAAUCCUUCACAACAUCAAGAUAUUUAAAGAUUCAUCAGAGAGUUCACACUGGAGAGAAUCUGCACAGCUGUGAUCAAUGUGGGGCAGCUUUCACACAACACGCUCACCUUAAAUCUCACAAACGCAUUCAUACUGGAGAGAAGCCAUACAGCUGUGAUCAAUGUGGGGCAGCUUUCACACAACAGUGUCACCUUAAAUCUCACAAACGCAUUCACACUGGAGAGAAGCCGUACAGCUGUGAUCAAUGUGGGGCAGCUUUCACUCGACGGAGUCACCUAAAAAUACAUCAAUUCAUUCACACUGGAGAGAAGCCGUACAGCUGUGAUCAAUGUAGGGCAGCGUUCACACAACAGGUUCACCUAAAAAGACAUCAACACAUUCACACUGGAGAGAAGCCGUACAGCUGUGAUCAAUGUAGGGCAGCUUUCACACGACAAAGUGACUUCAAAAGACAUCAACACCUUCACACUGGACAGAAUCUACACAGCUGUGAUCAAUGUGGGGCAGCUUUCAUACAACAAGGUCACCUUAAAAGACAUAAACGCAUUCACACUGGAGAGAAGCCGUACAGCUGUGAUCAAUGUGGGGCAGCUUUCCGACAACAGAUUACCCUAAAAAUACAUCAACGCAUUCACACUGGAGAGAAGCCGUAUAACUGUGAACAAUGUGGGAAAUCUUUUUCUAAUAGUAGUCACCUUAAAUCUCACCAGCGCAUUCACACUGGAGAGAAGCCGUAUUGCUGUGAUCAAUGUGGGAAAACAUUUUCUCAGAGUCGUACCCUUAAAUCUCACCAGCGCAUUCACACUGCCUCGUUGUGAACAUGUUUCAGAGCCAAGCUGUUUCCUCCUGCCUCCUCCUCAUACCCUGAUAGCUCUGUUGUUAUAUUCUGAGCUUCUCUCCACAUUUAAGGCUGACCAGCAGUAACUUUAUGUUCUGAACAGCCUGUAUGUUAUCGUGGCUGUGACUCCAUAUUACGCUCCCUCCCUUUGAAGAGAUAGUCCUGUUAGAAGUCUGUCAGAGGCUGUUUCUCCUGAUUCAGUUUGUUUUAAUGAUUACUUACUGAUAAUGAUUUUUUACAGAUGUGGUCCCAGUCUUGUUUUUGUCUGCCUCAUACGUAGUCUGUAGUUAUGAAUGGUCCCUGCUACUAAACGUGUGAGGAACCUAAUUGUUUUUGAAAGUAUAAUUAUUAUUUUCCUGGGCAUUAGCGUUUUUGAGGGGCUUGGGAUGCUCAAACUCAUGGCAUGUCGCAGAUUUUCCAUAUAUCGUGCAACCAGUCUUGUAUAAAGUACUUGAAAGCAAUACUUGAGAAAAAGUAUUUUACCUGAAAAAAACUUUGGUAGAAGUUAAAGUCACUGUUUAGAAUAUUAAUUGCAAACUUUCAAAGUGUCUUGUUUGGUGCAUAUUUUUCCAUGUAACUCUGUCUCGGAACAUAAUCAAAGCCCUGGAACCAUAUAGGAGACUUUCUCGUCUCGAGCACCUAAUUAAUAGGCUACUGUCCUUCGCCAUGGUCUGCAUGCCAUGCUGACGCACUGGCCGACAACAGUGCUGCAGAGGGGGGAAGGGGGGGCACGAUGUAGCACAGUUUACCUCACCAUCAAGUUAGUGCAGGACAUACACCCAGAGCUAUGGGAGAAGCUGGAGAGGCAUAGUUUUAUCUACACCGAAUAAGGCUAAUAAAGUAAUGAUUAAAAAAACAAAUGCUUGAUCAAGGGCCCGGUACGAUCAUAGCGGCGUAAAACAUCGGCCCGGUCCCAUGGGUCGGAUCCGGUUCGGGCUCAGGCAGAGAAUCUAAACUCUACCUCCCACCGGACAAAAAUAUUCAGCUCUGUAAGUUUUCGGGUUCAUGUCCAAAAUGUUGGCAGGUGUUCCACCUGCAGACUUUGUCUGUGAGCUGUUGCUGAGCGUUGUUUUAUUCAGACUGUCAGUGUUUUGGAGCCACGGAGAGAUUUUUUUUAAUACAUUAUUCCAGAACUGUUGUAUUUCAUUAGCUCGGUUUAAUCCAGUUACAUUGACCUAUCCUGAUCUUAUGUAAUCUGGCUUUUAUUGGCGGUAUAAAGGUAUAAGCACCACUGCAGUAUAGCUAUAUAUCAGAUUUAGGGCUGUUGUGGUUGCACUUGUUUUUGGUUGCACUUCUGUGUCCAGAUGUUGCACAUUGAACUGUCACCUACUUAUCCAUCUGUGUGCUUUAUAAUAACCCACAUGGCCUGAUUCUGACUAUAGGCUAGCAGGGCUUCUAGUGUGUAAAUCUACUGAAAUGGCCACCAUCUUGAUGCAGUAUGAUGUGUAAGAUGAGAAAGUAGAGGUUAAAAAACAACAGGUCUUGUAUGUCAUGAUUGUAAAAAAAAACAAAAAAAAACAGUGGCUAUCUGUACAUCUUUGCCAAGCGCAAACCAGUAUAGAAGGCGUCAAUAAAUUG